ACACGCCUGGUAGUUGACCCUCUGCGUUUGUAUAUCUCUUUUUCUUCCCACUUGACCUCAUACGUAAGAGGCAUCCAGAUAUCAUCGCCGACCGUUUCGCCACUGUCGUGUGUACAUUUGCCUAGUCAACAAAAGCCGGUUCCUAGCAAUUCGAUUCCUUGAUGUCUUGACGUGGUAUUUUCGAUUGUCUGAGCUAGAUCAUCUAAAAUUCAGAACUUAACAUUUGACCCGUCAUGCUACCCAAGUUACCUCUGGGACACGGCCAUCAUACUCCCCGCCGGUCCUCGUUAAACAGCAACAAGUCAUCCACCGCGGAUGAAUCGAGCCAGCCUACCUCACCUGGCGUCGAAGAUGAGACGGUCGUGGAGCCUGAUCAAGGCAAUGUCCUGUCUCACAUCAUCUCGCAACUACGGCCCGGCGCAGACUUGAGUCGCGUGGUCCUACCCACGUUUAUCCUCGAGCCACGUUCCAUGCUGGAGAGAAUCACAAAUUUUAUGGCCCAUCCGGAGACUCUCCUCGACAUGCCCAAGAUCGACGACCCACUCCAGCGAUUUGUAUCCGUGGUCAGAUUUUAUCUCAGCGGCUGGCAUAUCAAACCUCCAGGUGUCAAGAAGCCCUUGAAUCCAAUUCUAGGGGAAAUUUACACAUGUUACUGGGAGUAUCCAGAUAAGAGCCACGGCUACUAUAUUUCGGAACAGACGUCGCAUCAUCCUCCCAAGUCGAGCUACUUCUUCAUGGUUCCCGAGCAUCAUAUCCGUAUCGACGGUACCUUAAAGCCGCGAAGCCGAUUCUUGGGGAAUUCCGCCGCAAGCAUGAUGGAAGGGAUAGCUAUUUUGCAAUUUCUGAAUCGAGGAACAGAAAAGCAUGGUGAAAGAUACAUCGUUACACAGCCAAAUAUGUAUGCGAGGGGAAUAUUAUUCGGCAAAAUGAAGUACGAGCUUGGCGACCACAGCUAUGUAAGAUGUCCUGAAAACAACCUGGUCGCAGACGUGGAAUUCAAAACCAAAGGCUACUUCUCCGGAACCUAUAAUGCUAUUGGAGGUUCGAUAAAAAACGAAGCUACCGGAGAAAUAUACUAUGAACUCUCUGGGUUCUGGAACGGAGAGAUGUAUAUCAAGGAUGUGGCUACCGGGAAAAGGGAGCUCCUCUUCAACGCCACAAAUGCCAAGCAUUCACCACCUCUCACUCGGCCUCUUGAGGAGCAAGAGCCACGGGAAUCCCAAAGGCUUUGGCAUUCAACAACCCAGGCCUUGCUUGCAAGGAAUCAUGAAGUAGCUACCGAAGAAAAGACAAAGAUAGAGGACAGGCAACGCGAAGAAGCGGCUCAGCGAGCCGACAAGGGCGUGGAAUGGCGCCCAAGGCUAUUCAGGCGCGUCAAGGGUGGACCUGGUGGCCCCGAAGAAGGAGAAGAGGAUCUUGACUGGAUCUUGAAUGCCAUUAUUGAUCCACAAGACCCAAAGUUGGCUACACGUCAAAUUUUGGCGGUGGCGCCGAUAUUAAAAGGACAAGUCGUUAACCAUCAGUUUGAUAUUCCCGCACACUGUCCAUCAUCUCACCAUUCCAGUACACCCAACUCAGUCACCAAGGAGCAGUCUAAUAACCUUAUCGACCUUGGAAAUGAUGGAGCUGCAGAUCAGCGAGAAACUACGAAAAACAAUGGAUCAGGAGAGUUGGUGGAUUUGCUCAGCGGCAGUGGAAACGAAGGCCAGAAACAGAUAUCUUUAACAAUGAGCCCUCUGCAGCCAACAAUCAGCGACCAGGGCCACCCAACAAGGAGAAGAGAUUCUGAAUCGUCAGGCGUGGAUGAAUUUGUUGAUGCUCAGGAUUGAAAUGUGAUGUCUCGGAUAUGACCUUCAACAGGACACAACACUCUGAGCUCGCAUGCCACACCCAGGACACGUUCGACGGUUUUGUUGGGUGCCGAUAAUAGUGAGAGAUUGAUAUCUUUAGCGUGCCUCCCAAUGGCGUCGCAAGAUGUCAAAGAACUACAUGAGUUAUCAUACCCAGGCAAGGUAUUCCGAUCUCCUCCUAUUGGCCGAAAAUCAGCCUAUAAACCCCUAAAGGCACGCUCGGCCAAAGAUGGUUAUCUUAAAUCGCGUAACGACAUGGAAACGAUUGACGUGCAUUUUCUACAUCAGAUAUUUUGAUGAACAUCUUACUAUCUUUACGAAAUUAUUUACAUCAUGUGUGCGGUGAAAAGGGGAUUUAUGAAGUUCCAAGUUCAAAAUUUUGUUUUUCCUUUAAAAAAAAAGGCAUUCACAGAGCUUUUCUUCAGCCUGUGUAGACACUAUAAUCAUAGACAAUAAAGCUUAAAAAAAUUAGUGUGAUGGAAUAUGAGUUUUCUUUAAUCUAA